CACAACACAUUAAUAGGCUAGCCUAGCUACACCUACAUGUAUGUAGUAGGAGUAUAUAUAUAGCCAUAGCCCUUCGCUUUUCUCUUCAUUUACUCUCUCUCUAAAAUCUAAGUCAGAAACCACUCUCUUUCUCUGCCUUUUUCUUCAUCAAUGGCGGGUAAUUCCGGGUUCGGGGAUGACCCGCUAGCACCCGGGUGCUACUCUCAGCUUCUAUUCGGCGACGAGAUUUGGGGUCUGGAUUCGGAUGGUUGCUUCGGCUUUGAUGAUAAUAGCACCAACCCCAAAAUGCUCUGUUUUGGUGACUAUGGAAAUGCCAAGAAAACGGAGCAGAAACCCGGACUCACAUGCAUGGCUCCUUCACCCAAUAUUAACAAUAAGAAGAGAAACGGGUUAGGCACUCGGGCUGCGGGGCAAUGUGACGGAGCCCCGGCUAGUAAUGGUAAGAAGGCGAAAUCGGAUAAGUCUACCGGCGCCGGCGGCCAUGCAAAGGUGGUUAAGAAAGAGAAGCUUGGUGAGAGAAUAACAGCGUUGCAGCAGCUCGUGUCUCCGUUUGGCAAGACGGAUACAGCAUCAGUGCUUCACGAAGCGUUGGGUUACAUAAGAUUUUUGCACGAUCAGGUGCAGGUCCUCUGUUCUCCAUAUCUUCAGCACAUGUCGCCCUCCUCCUCGGACGCCCCCCAUGGUUGUCUAUCUGUUGGGGAUGAAAUAGAUAGCAAGAGUGGUAAGGAUGAUCUGAGAAGCAGGGGGCUGUGCCUUGUCCCUGUUGAUCUGACCUUGCAUGUGGCCGACUCCAAUGGAGCCGACCUCUGGUCGUCUGCACGCAUGAUUAACACUGUUUCAUCAAGCUAGGUUUAGCUUGGUUUCUGUGUUCACAAAUAUGCAGUUUGUGAAGAAAAAGAAAACUAGUACUCCUACUAGUAAAUAUCAGAUGUAAAGAUAAAUUUUUGUUUGGAGGUAGGGAAUUUUCAAGUGUUUUUUUUUGGGCCCCCAAUUUUUGUUUAAUAGCCAAGGCAGGGGGAGCAACAUAAUGUGAACGGUGUGCUGGUGAUAUUCUGGCACUUUUUAAAAUGAAUUCAGGAAUU